GAGAAAGGGGGGGAAUGCUUGAACCUGGGCCAAGGCCAGAGGAGCAAUUUUUUUUUCUCUCUUCUCUCUCUCUCUUUUCCUUGCCCUCACGGAUAUUCCCCUCGCGGCGCUAUUUCGAAGCUGCACUCCCCGCACUGCCAGAGAACGUGGCCACCCGUCCGAUGACUUUUGGUCGGGAAGAAAGAGAGAAAUAGAGCGUAUGUGGAAACAGAGCAAGAAUGCGAAGAGGAAGUAUAGCUUGUCAAGAUGUCCUUGCAAGUCAAAACCUAUAUCAAACACAGACGAAAGAAUUUUUUUUCCAGUGACCGCGGCAGGAUCGAUCUUGUAUAAAACUAACGGUAUUGGACUAAUCACUACAAUGGGAUUCAUAGCUGGUCCUGGCAAUCCGGAGAUGGGCAUGCAUAAGGUACUCCAGGCUGCUAGGGACCUUGAAUUGUUUCGUUGGCCUCGGGACAAGAACGGUGAUGUAAUCAGGAGACCUGGAUCAGCUCCGGCAGGCGAUCCAAGAUUUCCCUUCAUGGAUCUAUGUACUCUUACCUUGAUGAGAGAGGGAGGUGAGAGUCAAAAUAAUUCAUUUAAUUCAUCUGGGACAGUCUCCAUUCAUGAUCGGAGAUGCAUUCUUGUAAAGGGUUCCAUCCCGCGUCGGAGACUUUUCUGUCUCUCAUUGGUCCCGGUCUGCUGUUUGCUUGCUCAGUCUCGGCUGUGGCUGUUAUUGGCCCUGUCAAGUCAAGCACCCGGUCGGGUCCUUAGGUAAUCUCUCAUCUCGGACUCGCUCUAAUCUCCGCUCUUUCUCUCUCAGCACCACAAUUGUGUUCCCAGCGUCGUAGCCAUAACCGCCACCUGUUUAUGCAACCACUGAUUACACUGUCAUCGACAGUGCUGCUCAUGGUGUUCCACCGGUAGACGAUAGACGGUCGACUGAAUUCCCUGAGGAUCUCUGCAGGAUGG